GACUGCGUAUAAAAAUAACAGAACACGCACAUAUUAUAGCGAACGCUAUAUAGUAAGUGUACGAGUACGGCGCAUACGUCAAUUUCUUAGUUUUACCAGUUCCAUUAUAAUACUUCUGGUCGGUUAUAGGUUGCUACGGCUUUUCAUCAAUUCUUGCAUAGUUAUUUCUCACGCUACGUUAUUUCUCAUGAAGUUUGGUAGACGGAGGUGAUAAGUAAGUUGGAAGUCUAGGACAAUUGAUAACAUGACAUCAUCGACUGUAAGGUAAUGUGAGAGUACAAUCAUGAAGCUUUUACUCCUUUUCGUUUCUUUCAAUGCCCUUGUGGCAUUGAGCUUGGGCAGCGACAUCACCAAUGCUGUUUUUGGAAAAGAUCUGGAUGGAAUGCCAGCUGCAUUCGGCGAUUUCAAUUCGGAUGAGUUAACCGAUGUAUUUGUCUUGAGCAAAGAUGGUAGAACGGUCAAAAUUAUGCUGGCGUCGGUUGAGGAGCCUCUUCUGCAAUCAAGGAAAGAUUUGAGUUGUGAUUUCGAAGAUAAAGUUAGCAGUGUUGUUCCGGGUGACUUUGAUGGCGAUGUUUUUAUGGAUGUGAUGGUUACCACAGUCAGCAGUGCAGAAGCAACUCGUGGAGCUACUAAUGUGCACAUUUUAUGGGGAGACAACAAUAAAUUGAAUUGCAAUGGUUCACUAGCUAAAAAUGCAAUCAUACAAAUGCAAGGUCAGCCAUUAGCAAUGGAUUAUAAUCAGGACAUGAUCAUUGAUCUGUUUGGAACAGAUGUCAAUGGUACAAGAGCAUUUUGGGUUUUCAAUUCUACUAAAACCAAACCUUCUCAAGUCUUCAUGAAAAAACCAAAGGAACUUGAAACUUGGUUGCCUAUAAGAGCACCCCAUGCUAAUGCUUUUUUGGAUUUGAAUAGUGAUUUUUACUCAGAUCUUGUUGUGACAACUGAGAAAUUUCUUGAAAUAUGGCAUGGUGGAGAAAAUGGUUUUACGUUUUACAAAACUCUUCCUACUACAUUUAAACAAUACCCAAAUGCAAUAGUUGGUCAAUCACUACAUUCAGAUGUUGAAUUAAUGGGAAAAAUGGAUCUUGUCUUACCAGUAUGCACUGAUUCCAGUUGUACUAAGAGUGUAAUUAUGGUACAUUCAGAUUCAUCAUCUGACUGGAUCGAAUUGCAAGUAGAAUUCGCUGAUGGUACUGGAGUUGGCGGUACUUGGGGCUUUGCUUUACAAGGUGGCCAGCGAUACACGGACACAAUAACAAUGAGAGGCGGUGAUUUUAAUAUGGAUGGAUAUCCAGAUCUACUUGCUACAUUGAAAAAUAGUAUCACUCAACAAACGCGCUCGUUUUUACUCGAAAAUGUUCAUUGUAAGAGCAAUUGCGGAAAAUUUAAUCGAACAUUCGAAGUACGUUGGAAUGCUCUUAGCCCAUUCUUCAAUGAAAGCGUCAUGGCAGUGUUUUAUGAUUUUUACCAGGAUGGCAUUCUGGAUGUGAUUUUGGUACUUAAAAGUGAUAAAAUUUACAAAACAGCUGCCUUCAAGAACAGUUUGGAUUACGAUGCGAAUUUCGUCAAAGUGAUGGUUCUUACUGGGAGGACGAAUAGCCAGUACCCCAUUUCUCCUGGCAGUCUUGGCAAGAAGAAAAGAACGUACGGAACAAAUUUACCAGGGCCUUCGAUUGCAUAUAAAACCACAACACAAGACGGCAGCCCUCGAAGUGCGAUAGCUGCGCAAUUACCUCAAAGUGCUCACUUUUCUUUGAAUUUACCGUUCACGACAUUCGGCUUGGGACGGACGCCGAAUUUCAUUGACUCGUUAACGAUUGGGCUGUCAAACAGAUCUCGGGAAUGGCCACAAAUUAUUCCGAACUCCCAGAUGGUAGUCAUACCGAAUCCCCCGGAGGAUCCCUCGAGAUGGAAGGCGCAGCUUUUUGUCACGCCCAGUAAACUAAUCCUGCUGAGCGCCGCCGCGUUGACGGGAACCUGCGGACUGAUCACUGCGAUUAUCGCCGCUCUGUACUGGAAGGAAAGACGAGAAGAUAAGAUUGAAAAGUUGCAAGAGGCACAUAGAUUCCAUUUCGACGCGAUGUAAAAUAAAGAUGCGACAAUUACAAAAUCAAUUAAAAAAUUUACAAAUUGAUCGAGUUUAACGAGAUAUUUGUACACACGCUACACACAAGUCGUGCUAAUCUUGCAAUGCGAUUUGCUUGAAAUAACUUUGUAUGAUAUCGAAUUUGUGAUUUCGAAACUUAAUUUAUUGAAAAAUUAUUUUGUAUUAAUUUUUAUAACAGUUUAUUGCAUCUAUAUAAAGAAAUAAUUUUUCUUGAUCAAGUAGUCCGUGUCUAUGCCGCAUUUACGUGAAUAGGAUUGUUUAGAACGUUAUCGAUUAGUAGGGCGUAUCAUUUUUCGAUGCCCCACAUUGUUUGCAAUCAUGAAAUCAAUGAUUUACUGUUUUAUCGUCAAAGUUUUUAUAUAAAUUUAGCGCUCAACAAUAGAUUUAUGUAUUUAUGUAAAAAUAAUUUUUACCACGCGUAUUUUGGUCUUGCGCCGCUUAACUAUCAGCCGCGCUAAUCUACAGCCGGAAAAUGUUAUUGGCAUCUGUCAUUUCUGAUGGCAGGAUUGAGGUCGUUGAAGUAAGGAUGAGCCAUUGCUUCCUCAGCUGAUAACCGAAGUGCUGGGUUACAGACUAAUAAUCUCUGAAAUAUGAAUAUACACCCCCUAUGUUUAUAUUAUUUAAUAAAAAAAUUUCGUUGUAUUAAAAA